AUGUCGUUCUUUACCUCACUUUGGAGCCUAGCGCUCUUCACACUCUUUUCUCUAUCGUCUUGCGCGCCUUUGCAAACUCGAGAAGCUAUGCCGCGACAGUUAGGGUCCGAUAAGCUCGUCUUUGCUCAUUUUAUGAUGGGCAUUGUCUCCAAUCGCGAAAGCAGUGCUGAUUAUGAUGCCGACAUGGCACGUGCGAAAGCGGCUGGGAUUGAUGCCUUUGCCCUCAACAUUGGGACGGACGAUUACACCGACAAGCAGUUGGGAUUCGCAUACGAGUCCGCAGCUACACACGACAUGAAAGUGUUUAUCUCGUUCGAUUUCAACUACUGGUCCACAGCUGAGGGCGCCCAGGUUGGUCAAAAGAUUGCACAGUACGCCGAUCAUCCAGGACAGCUGAAAGUCGACGGCAAGGUCUUCGCGUCUAGCUUUGUUGGUGACGGUCUCGACGUUGCAGCCGUUCGUUCUGGAGCUGGUCAAGAGAUCUACUUCGCACCCAACUUCCGCCCCGGCUUCGGUACAGAUCUCCGUCCCGUUGAUGCUGCGCUAAGCUGGAUGGCCUGGGAUAGUGACGGCAACAACAGGGCCCCCACCGCCGGCAGAAACGUUACUGUCCCGGAUGCUGAUGAGGUUUACAAAUCUUCUCUUGGUUCAAACGACUACAUAGCUCCUGUGUCGCCCUGGUUCUUCACCCACUUCGGCGCCAGUUCGGGAUAUCCGAAGAACUGGGUGUUUCCAUCCGAUUUGUUAUGGUUCGAACGCUGGAACGACAUUCUUACACUGAACGCUCGCUUUUUGGAGAUUCUCACCUGGAACGACUAUGGCGAGUCACAUUACAUCGGCCCCUUGUCAUCCAAGCACACGGACGAUGGAAGCUCGGCAUGGACUAAUGACAUGCCCCAUGAUGGUUGGCUGGACAUGGCCAAGCCAUUCAUUGCAGCGUGGAAGUCGGGUUCCAACGAUCUUGCUUCCAACAUCGAAUCUGAGCAAUUGAUCUAUUGGUAUCGAACGACAUCGAAGACACAACCAUGCAACGAUGCCUUGGGCCAACCUGACGGCGCAGAUCAUAUGGCCGACUCGGUCUUCGUUGUCACUUUACUGAAGUCCGAUGCAGAGGUGACGAUCAGUUCUGGCGACAACUCACAGACCUUCCAGGCAAAAGCAGGAGCGUUUGCCUUCACUGUGCCUAUGGGCCUGGGGAAGCAGACUUUCUCGGUGGCACGUAACGGUGCGAGUGUGGAUGGACUGAGCGGUGCUUCGUCUCGGGAUAUCGUUGACUACCACGAGGGGGAUAUCUACAACUUCAAUGCCUACGUUGGCACCUUGCCUGCAGCUAACGGACAAACAUGGCAGGACACGAACAUGUCUACAAUGUUGGGUUGA